GUAUAGUAGUACCUAACUAACACACAUACACACUCAGUGAGACUCAAUUACAGCCCAAUUUUCUUCUUUAUAAUCUCCUGGCACUGUCCUCAAACAACGCAAAUCUGGGGGAACAUAACGCUCUUUUAAAUAGUAACUGACGUGAAGGAGGAUACAUAAAGUGACGAAAAUAAGUUUGCAGAUCCGUGAUGUCACAGAACUGAGGAUCCUUCAACAAUAUGGAGUCUGGAGAGCGGCUGGCCUCCCCAUCGUCAGCCCCGUCCUCCCUGCACAUCGCCUCCUCCACUGUCUCUUCUGUCGGCUCCUCACCUGCCCCUGCCUCGGCCAAGACAUCCUCCUCCAAGUGCAGCCUCACCCCCAGCCGUGCCGUCCUGGGCUCCCCUCUCACCACCUGUGGACACUUGUUCCGGGCGGCGGGCGAUCAACAUUUCAACAUGUCUACAGUCUCAAGUGCCUUUCCCGUCAUCAACCACCCAGCAUUUGGUCUGUACACUACCAGCUCAGGGCGCUCAGAGUUUGGAGGCCUGGGCUCCCUGGGGGUGUCUGCUGCCUUGGCUGCUCACUCCCAGCUAGGAGCCUUUCCAGAAUGGUGGCGGGCAGCUGAGGCUCAGGGGCGUGGAGCUGCAGCCUUCUUUCCCCAUCUCCUGGGGCUCCCGCCCAUGUUCCUACCCCAACUCCAGCAGAGCCACGACCCCAGCCCCUUCCAGCCCCGCACCCCCAGCAAGAACGGACGAGCCACUGCCAAAGGAGUGAAUGAAGCUGUGAAUGGCAGCAGUAUCUCCACUGUGUCUGAGAGCAGCUUCAGCACAACCACCACUACGUUCUCAACACAGGGGAACACGGAGAAACAGAAAGCCACCAACGGAAGCGUCAGAAGCCGCAAGAGCCACCAGGACAUGACCCAAGUGAAGGAGAAGAGCGUUCAGAAAACUAAAGAGAAGAAACUCAGCAAGAAACCAGUGGAGGCGUCCAGCAACAGUGACAGCGAAUCAGGGUCUUCCUCGGAUAUCUCCAGCGAUGGGGUGAACAGCAGUGACUCAGACGACCUAGACGAGGAGGAUGAUGAUGAUGAAGAUCAGAGCAACGACAGCGAUGAUUCUGACUCUGAGAAGGAGAGCCGUGUAAUGAGGAAGAUUAAGAGCCUGACACAGACCACUGCCAACAGCAAGAAGAAGAGACCCCGCGCUGCUGAAGGCGAGAAGGCGAGGGAUGCUCAGGACAGCCGGAGUGGUCUGCUUCAGAAACAUCCAGACAAGGCCUUUCUCCAUUCCCUCCACUACCCGCUCCAACCCUCACUCCAGCCCCCAGCGCUGUCCCAGUCCACGUCCCUAGUCUUCCAGAGCUACAGGAGCAGAGAAGAAGAAAUCAAGCAGCACACCAGUGUGAUCCAGGCUACGGGGCUGGCCAGUACUAAACCCUUGGCUCUGGUCAAACCACGCAGGGAGGCCUCAUCCUCUCCUCAACCCACCAGACCCUUCUCCCUCUCUUCAUCUCCCAAGCCCAUCUCCCUCUGCUCCUCCCCCAAGCCCUUGUCUCUCUCCUCCUCACCCAAGCCUCCCUCUCUGGCUUCGUCCCCCAAACCACCCACCCUAUCGCCCUCACACAAACCCAAAUCUCAGACGGGCUCCCCCAAACCCCCCACCCUGUCUGACAGUAUGAAGUCGGGAAGCAGAAACUUCCUGGAUGAAACCUUGUUACACAUCAACAACUUUAAAUUGAAACAGCCCUUCCUCUCCCAGGAGCACUUCAAACAGGCCUUCCCUCUGCCACUGAUGCAUCAGGACCUGUUCAAGAGCCAGAAGAAAAAGAAAAUGGCCGCCUCAUCAUCCUCCUCCUCAUUAGCACCGCCCAAACUGUCUUCAGAGACCCCGAGCAGUCACGGGCUCCCUUCUCCACACACCAACCACUCCAACCUGUUCCUGGCCUCCUCCCUCCUGGGCCCCCACCCCAAUGGGGUGAUCCACAGCACGGUGCAGGAGGCCCCCUUGGCCCUCAUCACCAAGCCUCGCAGCAGCAGUCAGAGCAGGAGCACCAUCAACAAUCCUCUCCUGGCUGCCACCAGCCCACCCUUCUCUAUGCCUGUCAACCUGAGCACUGGACACAAGGAGCACAGCUCUGGAGCCCUAGGCUGGGCCUCUACCUCACCGGGCCUGGCCCACAGAGAUGGGAAGAGCAAGGCCCAGCAUAAGGCUCUCCACACGGGGAAGGGUGUCUCCCAGUCCCAGACCCACCUGGUGCAGUCCCUGGUGGAAUUGUUCCGGGACACAGAGUCGGACAUUCCCAGCAGUAAGGACUCCGACGACUCCGUAGAGGAUGAGGACGAUGAACAUGAUGAUGACGACGAAGAUGAUGACGACGAUGAGGAGGAUUCUGACGACAGCCUAUCAGAGUCUGAGAGUAAUCUGGAGAGCGACUCGGACUGCUCUGAGGACGACGUGAAGGACCGCGACGAGACCACCACGGACACGGAGGCAGAGAGGACCCCUCUGAAGCGCACCAAAGGCUCCUCUUCUCUACUCAACACCACCUCCUCCAGCCUCUCAGCCAGCUGCUCCCCUCUCAACCUCCAGGUCAUCAAGGCAUCCAGUGGACUGCCCACCCCAGCCAUAGUGACCAGCUCUGGGGCCUUGGCCUACCACAGCACCCCCUCUUCCUCAUACACUCUCUGCUCCACUCCACCAGGAACAGGGAAGAGAAGGAGAGUGACAGAUGAGAGAGAGCUGCGGACACCUCUAGAGUUUGGGUGGCAGAGAGAGACGCGUAUCUGUAAUGUGGCGGGCCGUCUGCAGGGAGAUGUGGCGUACUACGCCCCGUGUGGGAAGAAGCUCCGGCAGUACCCCGACGUGAUGAAGUAUCUGUCCAGAAAUGGAAUAAGUGACAUCACACGCGAUAAUUUUAGCUUCAGUGCAAAAAUAAGGGUUGGUGACUUCUAUGAAGCCAGAGAAGGACCCCAGGGAUUGCAGUGGAGCUUGUUGACCGAGGAGGAGGUGAUUCCUCGUAUCCUGGCCAUGAAGGGGAGGCGUGGGCAUCCCCCUAACCCUGAGCACCAGAGGACAGGUGACGAGGGCCCCCGGUCCAGGCGCAGGAAGGGCCGACUUCCUAACGUUGGCGAGGCCGACUUCCCAGGCGCCACCGACGCCAAACUUCUACGCAAACUGGAAGCUCAAGAGGUAGCUCGACAAGCAGCCCAGAUAAAAAUGAUAAAGAAACUUGAAAAGCAGGCCAUGGCACUAGCAGCCAAGGAGGCCAGGAAACAACAAGCAAUCAUGGCUGCUGAGGAGAAGCGGAAACAGAAGGAGCAAGUGAAGAUUGUAAAGCAGCAGGAGAAGAUCAAGCGAAUUCAGCAAAUUCAAAUGGAGAAGGAGCUCAGAGUGCAGCAGAUUCUCGAGACUAAAAGGAAAAGGAAGGAAGAAGCGGCAAAUGCCAAAAUAAUGGAGGCUGAAAAACGAAUCAAGGAGAAGGAGAUGAGGAGGCAGCAAGCAGUCAUUUUGAAGCACCAGGAGUUGGAGAGGCAUAGACUAGAUAUGGAGAGGGAGAGGCGGAGGCAGCACAUGAUGCUGACGAAGACCAUGGACGCCCGUAAGAAAGCGGAGGAGCGGGAGCGCUUGAAGCAGGAGAAGAAGAAUGAGAAACGGUUAAAAAAGGAGCGGAAAUUGGAGCUUAGAAGACUGGAAAUGGAAAUUGCCAAGGAGCUGAAGAAGCCAAAUGAAGACAUGUGCUUAGCAGAUCACAAGCCUCUCCCGGAGUUAUCCCGUAUUCCGGGCCUGGUUCUACCAGGAAGCAGCUUCUCUGACUGUCUGAUGGUGAUGCAGUUCCUGCGGAGCUUUGGGAAGGUGCUGGGCUUUGACGUGGACGCCCACAUACCCAACCUGAGCGUGCUGCAGGAGGGCCUGCUCAACCUGGGAGACAGCAUGGGACAGGUCCAGGACCUGCUGGUGCGCCUGCUCUCAGCUGUGGUGUGUGACCCUGGACUGCCCCCAGGACACCGGACGAAGACGGCCCUGGGGGACCACCUGAGUAACGUGGGCAUCAAUCGGGACAACGUGUCGGAGGUGCUGCAGAUCUACAUGGAGGCUCACAGUGGGGGGACGGAGCUGCAGACUGAUCUGGGGGAGGUCACGGCCAGUCUGAAGACCAAGGCCUUCCAGGCCCACACGGCCACACAGAAGGCCUCGGUCCUGGCCUUCCUGGUCAACGAGCUGUCCUGCAGUAAGAGUGUUGUCAGUGAGAUCGACAAGAACAUCGAUCACAUGACCAACCUGCGACGGGACAAGUGGGUCAUCGAGGGCACACUUCGCAAGCUGAGGACCAUCCAUGCAAAGAAGACGGGGAAGAGGGACAGCAGUGUGGGGGGAGAGGAAACCCAGUCCCUUGGUACACCCACCCCAGGACGCAAACGCAAGAGGAAAGGAGGGGACAGCGAGGAGGACGAGGAUGAUGACGAGGACAGCGAGGACCAGGGGGAUGAAGACGAUGAGGAGGAGGAGGAGGAGGAGCGAGGGAAGAAAGGGAAGAAAGUGGAGGAUGAGUAUGAUGGAGACCAGACAGCCAGUGUAGAGGAGCUGGAGAAACAGAUCGACAAAUUAACCAAGCAACAGAGUCAGAUCAGACGGAAGCUGUUUGAGUCGUCCCACUCGUUGCGCUCCAUGAUGUUCGGCCAGGACCGCUACAAGCGCCGUUACUGGGUGCUGCCACAGUGUGGGGGCAUCUUUGUGGAGGGUAUGGAGAGUGGCGAAGGAGCAGAGGAGCUGGAGAAGGAGAGAGAGAGACUGAGGAGCACAGAGCUGGUCCAGGUGAAGGAGGAGGAGGUGGAAAGGAGGCCACAGGAGGUGAAGGGGAGGCUAGGGGCGUCCACCCUGGAGGGUAGUAGUGACAGGCACACCGACACACCAGACAAACACACCCUCAACCUCUUCCUCCAGAAGCCUGGUUCCUUCUCCAAACUCAGCAAACUCCUGGACGUGGCCAAGAUGUCCCCGGACUCAGACAACCACCCUCACAGUCUGAGCUGUAAUCCAGCCAAAUUCCCCACCAAAGUAUCCUCCCCUAUCCGCCCCACCACUCAGACUACACUACCCAGCAACCCCUGUGCAGCUCCCUCUCCGCUGUGUUCAGAGGUGAAAGCGGAGCUUUCCACAGCCCUCCUCAGCCCGCGCUACCUCAGCAGCGGCCCAGGGAAGAAGUCCUCCAGCCCCCAGCAGCAGCAGCUCCAGCCCAAUGACCAGCUAUUCAGGGUGCUGACGGAGAAGAGCUGCCACUGGUUCAGCCUGCUGCCCCGCUCCCCGUGUGACGAGUCGUCUGUCACCACCAGCUCCACCACCACCCCCCCGGCCUCCUCCUCCCUGUCCCCUCAUCCCCUAGCCUCCACCUCAGCCAGCCCCAGCAACCCCGCCACCGGGAUCAAUAACUUCUCCUUUUCAGCUCUCCAGCAGGUGAAGUCUGGUGUCCAUAUGAUGGGUCUGCCAUUCUGUGGAUGGCCCGGUGGCAUGAUGAUCCCCACCCUGCCCUUCUCAACUAGUCCACUGCCCCCCUCCAUGCUGGGCGCUGCCUACCACCAUGUGGAGGGUAAUGGCAACCCCUUCCUGGCAGCAGCCAGCCUCUCCAGCAGCAAGAGUGAGUCCCCAGUGCCCCCUGGAGAGAAGCCCCCCUCUGCCCCGUCCCCUGUGGUGGAGGUGGCCAAGACCCAGGACUACCCCGACCCACUGCCCAUCCCAGAGGAGAUGCUAUCAGGCUGGUGGAGAGUGGCAGACAUGGAGGAGUUGAGGAGCCUGGUCAAGGCCUUACACAGCAGAGGUAUCAGAGAGCGGGCCCUGCAGAAACAGAUCCAGAAACACAUGGAGUACAUUGCACAGGCCUGCGCCAAAAACAGAGAUGCGGCGGUGAUAGACAAGUCCAAGCUGGAGGAGAACGGGAUGGGCGAGGAGACAGUGGAGAGCUGGUGUGUGGAGGAGCAGGCCAUGGAGAUGGACAUCGCUGUGCUGCAGCAGGUGGAGGAGCUGGAGAGGAAGGUCACUUCGGCCAGCCUGCAGGUCAAGGGUUGGAUGUAUCCUGAGCCCCAGUCAGAGAGAGAGGAACUGGUCUACCAUGAACACAAGCCCUUCACUAAGCUGCUUCUAGCAGGAGAGGAGCAGCCUGCAGGGGAGAAGGAGGCCAACGGCGGCUGCAGCCUGGUGCGGCGCGUGAACAACCCCCUAGAUAUAGCUGUAACACGGCUAGCCGAGCUGGAGAGGAACAUCGAGCGAAGGGGGGAAGAGGAACUGGCCCCGGGCAUGAAGGCAUGGCGCAAGGCCAUGGGCGAGGUCCGCAGCGCCGCCCAACUGUCUCUCUGCAUCCAGCAGCUCCAGAAGUCCAUUGCCUGGGAGAGAUCCAUCAUGAAAGUGGCGAGCGGUCAAUCCCCCAAGAAUAAGAAGCCGCAGCAGAGCCGAGCGGGAGCAGCCGGGCGAGGAGGGAAGAGAACCACUGAGGUAAAACGGAGCAGGAAACCUUCAUCUGUAGCCAGCGGAGAGGUCUCUGAGGACGAUGCUGCCAGCACCAGCAGCAGCACGCCAAAGAAAGGGAGCAAAGAGCCCAAAAAGAGGAAGAGCCCAAGAGAGGGGAGCCCAGCUACCAACCAGUCCAAGCAAGACAGUAGUCCCAUCUGUGUGAAGAAGGCUAAGACGGCCACAUCAGCCAGAGACAAUGAAAAGGAUCUGAUGUUGUGCAGGGUGCUCCUGGUUGAGCUGGAGGGUCACCAGGAUGCCUGGCCCUUCCUGAACCCUGUCAACCCCAAAUCUGUCCCUGGCUACAAGAAAGUCAUCAGGAAACCCAUGGACUUCUACACUAUCCGAGAGAAGCUUGUCAACAGCCAGUACUUGAACCUCGAGACGUUUAUAAUCGACGUCAACUUGGUGUUUGAUAACUGCGAAAGGUUUAAUGAAGACAAUUCGGACAUUGGGCGAGCCGGACAUAACAUGAGGAGUUUUUUUGAGAAGAGAUGGACUGAGCUGUUAAAACAAACCAACUAGGCUUGUUUUAACUACUUUAUCCUCACUAUGCUGUAUGGGACCAGCAGGAACCACAAGCAGAGCACCUGGAUUGGUCUGAAGAUCGUCUUCAAGACUUCAGGCUCAAGUCUCUCCAUCAGCAACCAGGGAACCUAAAUUAAUUUAUAAUUUUAAAUCUACACAUUCACUUCACUGAUAUACAGUAGAAUGCUGGGGGUUUUCUUUAGCAGAGAAAUGCAUCCAAAGGGUUUCAAAAGGGGUGGGUGUUUUUAAAGUGCAAUACCAUUUCCUAGAAGAAACCACAUCAGAGCUGUAACUGGGAACAAAAACUUUCCAACUAACUGUACUUAUAGUUUUUUAUCAUUAAUAUUAAAGUGAAUGUAUUUAAUUUUGUCAAUUAUUAUUCAUGAGUGAAAAUGGUUCAGUCUUAGUUUUCUAAGAAAAGGAAGAAAAAAGCUAAACUGCUUUAACAAAUCUUACAGAAUGUUUUUUGGACAUAAAACAAAAGCCAAGAGAAAAAAAAGGAAUUGUUUACACUGCUCUGUGCCUCCAAGGUACCACAAGAUUCAUGACGUUAAUACUGUAACACUGCAUUUCCAUGUAUGUUUGCAUUGCUCGCUAACUUCACACGGACAGUGAGGCAGCAAUGACACAUCUGUAUAUACUGUUCAUUAAUGUUAAUAUUAAGUAUUGUUUGUAAUAUGUGUACAUACAGUAUUGUUACAAGAAAUCCGAUAUUGUUUAUGCCUAUGAUUGUAGCGUUUAAUUUCAGUCUUAAGUGAUAAAUACAUGUAUAUAACCUGUAAUGUAUAACCUCUGCAAACACUGUGGUCUCUUCAAUCUGGGUAGUUCCUUCCCCUACAAAAGUGUGUGGAGGAUAUUAUUUCAAUCUUUUGGUUUAGUAUUCCUUUGUGAGUGUGUGUGUGUGUGUGUGUGUGUGUGUGUGUAUACCAGUAUACAAAAUGUCAACUCUGAAUUCUGACAUGAAUAUCAUCAGUAUAGAAUCCAUUGCGAUGCACAGUACCUUUCAUAAAAGCAGUUCUCUCCAUUUGCUUUCCCACAGACCCAAGGACACAGGACGUUUGUAAUAACCACUGUGUUUGAAUCUUGCUGUGUGUCAUGGCCUACUGGUGGCAUGUAGAGCAGUUCUUUUUGUACCUGAGUCAGAGUUCUUGGAAGUUAUUUUAUUUAUGAAUAUUGUGGGGAAAAGUAUAAUUAUUUUGUAGGAGCAUUAUUUUUCACUAGUGUGUGGGGCACGGAUCUAAUAAAAAUGAUCUUUUUCAACUCUG